CCGGCCGGCCGCCUCUCUGGCCCGCAGCCCUGCGCCCGCCGGCCGCCAUGUGGCACGAGGCGCGGAAGCACGAGCGGAAGCUGCGCGGGAUGAUGGUCGAUUAUAAGAAGCGUGCGGAGCGGCGGCGCGAGUACUACGAGAAGAUCAAGAAGGAUCCAGCGCAGUUCCUGCAGGUGCAUGGCCAGGCCUGCAAGGUGCACCUGGAUUCUGCCGUGGCCUUGGCAGCCGAGAGCCCCGUCAACAUGAUGCCAUGGCAGGGGGAUACCAACACCAUGAUCGACAGGUUUGACGUGCGAGCCCACCUGGACCACAUCCCCGAGUACACCCCGCCUCUGCUCAGUGCCGUCUCACCCGAGCAGGAGCCGGACGAGCGAAAGUGCAACUAUGAACGUUACCGGGGCCUCGUGCAGAAUGACUUCGCCGGCAUUUCUGAGGAGCAGUGCCUGUAUCAGAUCUAUAUGGAUGAGCUGUAUGGGGGCCUGCAGAGACCCAGCGAUGACGAGAAGAAGAAGCUGGCAGAAAAGAAGGCCUCGAUCGGGUACACGUACGAGGACAGCACCGUGGCCGAGGAGGAGAAGGCGCCUGACAAGGAUGACGACAACGACGACUCGGAGGAGGAGAGUGAGGAGGAUGAGGACGAGGUCAUCCCGGACAUCGAUGUGGAGGUGGACGUGGAUGAGCUGAGCGCAGAGCAGGUUGCUGAUCUCAACAAGCAGGCCACCAGCUACGGCCUGGCUGAGGGGGAUUUUGUCCGGAUGCUGCGGAAAGACAAGGAGGAGGCCGAGGCCAUCCAGCAUGCCAAGGCGCUGGAGGAGGAGAAGGCCAUGUACUCAGGCCGGCGAUCGCGGCGCCAGAGGAGGGAGUUCCGGGAGAAGCGGCUGAAGGGCCGCAAGAUCAGUCCACCCAGCUACGCACGCCGGGACAGCCCCACCUACGACCCUUAUAAGCGGUCCCCGUCGGAGUCGAGUUCCGAGGCGCGCUCCCGCUCGCGCUCCCGUUCCCGCUCACCCACGCCGGGCCACGAGGAGACCAUCACCUUCAUCACCAGCUUCGGCGGCAGCGACGAGGAGGCGGCGGCCGCAGCGGCGGCGGCGGCCGGGGCGGGCGGGACCGGGCCCGGUCGGCCCCCGGGGCCCGCGAAACCCCGCGCCGGCCACCCCCCGCCCGUGGCCGCCUCCGCGCCCGGUCGUAGCGCGGGUACCCGGCGCCGCUCCAGCCCCUCUCCCUCCUCCGCCUCGUCCACGUCAUCGUCCCGCUCCAGCUCCCGCUCCCGCCGCGGCCUGGCCCCGGGGCACCACCGCUCCGGCCGCCUCGUCCGUUCCCGCUCCCGCUCCCGCUCCCGUCGCCGCCACUCUCGUUCCCGCAGCCGGGGCCGCCGCCCCUCCGGGGGGGGCUCCCGCGACGGCCGCCGCUUCUCCCGCUCCCCCGAACGCAGCCGCCGGAUGGCCUACGGGGCCCGGCGACGGACCAGGAGCCGCUCACGCUCCGUGGAGCGAUACCGGCGCGGAGGCCGGCCCGGGCGCCACCGCAGCAGCAGCCGCAGCACCUGGAGCCGCAGCCGCAGCCGCAGCCCCUGGAGCCGCAGCUCCCGCAGCUCCCGCAGCCCCCGCAGCCGCAGCCCCUCGGCCUCCCCGUCUCCCCCGAGGGAGAAGCCGCCUAGACCCGCCGCGUCCCCAGCCGUUGGGGAGAAGCUGAAAAAGGCGGAUACCGUUGCCGGUAGAGAGACAGGAGCUGCCAAACCCAAGCUGACGCCGCAGGAGAAGCUGAAGCUGCGAAUGCAGAAGGCACUGAACAAGCAGUUCCGGGCGGAUAAGAAGGCUGCUCAGGAGAAGAUGAUGCAGCAAGAGCAUGAGCGGCAGGAGCGAGAGGACGAGCUGCGAGCCAUGGCCCGCAAGAUCCGCAUGAAGGAGCGGGAACGCCGGGAGAAAGAACGGGAAGAAUGGGAACGCCAGUACAGCCGGCACAGCCGCUCCCCCUCCCCUCCCCCACGCCACGGCCGCGACUACAGUUCCUCCCGCAGAAGGUCUCGGUCCCGAUCGCGGUCCCGAUCGCGGUCCCGAUCCCGGAGUCGGAGUCCUCAUUACCGGCACUAGGGAGGGGUUUUUUUUGGG